AUGCAUGCAUUCAACUUUACUUGCCCAUCCGCUCUUGUCCUUGCAAUCAUCUGUCUCGCAACUGCGGUGCCCACCUCCGAGGACAUUCAUGCAGACCCAGGUUCUGGUGCUGUCAUUCAUACAGUGGGCAAUGUCCCCGAAAGUGCUGUUAUCAAGGACACAAUCGCCACCACCCAUUUGACCGCAGCCAUCUUGCCUACUGAUGAAACAGGUGGUUCGACGCUGAAGCCUGACUCUGCGCAAUGUGUCACAAAAGGCAAAAUUUGCUCCAAAGAUAGUGAUUGUUGUAAAAAAGUCUGCUUCCCAGUGCCAUUUGGUAAUGGGGGUGUUUGCAUGUUCUGA